AACACUUAUGAAAAUAAUGGCAUAGUCGUGACGAAUGUGUGUAGUGAAUCAUUUUUGUUUUCGCUUAAUGAAAGCUGAAUGGUAAGGAGCUUUUGAAUACAUAGUUGCAUUGACCAGAUGGAACAAAAGAAGAAAGAUGAGUGGAUGUCGUUGCCAGUAAAUGAAAAACAAUUACAUGAUUUAUUUCGAAGGGGUAAGCGUCAUCCUGCUAUGAAGAUGGCUGAUAUUGCAAUGAAGAUGAAACGAUCGCCAAAUCAAGUUUUCGUAUUGCUUGUUGGUUUAAGCGGUGCUGGGAAAAGUUCCACAGUUAAUUACCUUUUCGAAACAAAUGUUGCCGAAACCAGCGAACUCCGGUCAGAGACACGUUCAACAAUUGAAUAUACAGUGCAAAUGAAAUCAACUGAAUGGAGAAUUCCAGACCUUCAGCUAUCUAUUAUAGAUACUCCUGGAUUUUGUGACACCGAUGGUCUUGAACAAGAUGCAAAAAAUAUCAUGUCUAUAAAAUAUUUUCUGGAAUCUCAUCCGCAUAUUAGAAAGAGUUAUCCAAAUUUGGUCAUGAUAGUACUGAACAUCCAGGACAACAGAAUAGAAGGAGAAAGCUCUAAUUUUGCGAAAAUGUUAAAAGGCAUCAGUAAUGUCAAUGCGAUUGAUAAUCGCAAUCCAAAUGUUGUAGUAGUUCUUACACAUGCUACUUCUAUUGCUCGAAACCCAAAACGUUGGGAAGAAAAGGUAGAACUGAAGAAAGCACAAGUUCAAGCUAUGGUUCAAGUUCAUCUAGGAAUUAAUCCAGAGAUUGUGGUACAAGAAAACCAACCUGAAGACAAUGAUCUAGAGCCUGAUGGUGAUUGGUAUCUCCUGCCAAACGGUGACAAACAGCCAAAGAUAUUAUUUCAAGCGUGUAAAAGAAUAUUAAACAGAGCAAAAGAUGAAAUAGGACAUGAAGCUGUCGCAGUUUGUUUUAGAAAAGGCUUGGACAAGAGCGUAAAGACGGGACAAAUUGUUUCUGCUUCAGCAGUUAAACCGGAACAUACCCAAGCAAUGCAUACAAUUUUGCUCCAGUCGGUAGUAAUGGUUUCGACAUCAGAGGUAGGUAGCAUGUUAGAGAAUUACAAAAAGCAGAAAAAUGUGAAGACGCUUGAUAAUGGUAUCUUAAUUCUCCAAGUAAGAUUUCGAGAUCUUGGUAUUUCAAGAACAGAUGAUCUGCAGAGCAUGUCAAUGAAUAACUUAAUGGCAAAAAUGUAUCCAAUCAGAAUAACCAAGGAGAUGCAGAAAAUUUUAGAAGAAGUUUUUGGUUUAUCUUACGAACAGAGUGCUGGUUUUGAUUACCAUGUAGGAAAGGGUUACAACAUUUUUAAAGAUUCAGCAACUCAAUUUUCACCAUUAGUUAUGCAAGAAAAUGACAAAAUUCAAUAUGGACUUCCUGCAAAUGUCAAGCUGAAAGAAUGUGCCUCAUUUGAAAUCAAAUGUGAAUCGAUUAAAGAUAAUAAUGAUUAUGUAAGCCAGCGAUUAAGAGAGUUACAUGUAGAUACAGAAGGAGGCGUCAAUUUCGGAUCCUUUAAUUUACAACUUCGAAGUGGGUAUAAUGAAAGCAGUGUAUCCAGCAAUUCGGCAACUCAAACGUUAGAUAAGUCAUCAUUCUUAGUAGAACACAGAAUUCAACAAGUAGAAGUCCGGCAACCGUAUACAACCACUGACAAUUUUAAAGCUGAUGUCAAAGCUCUUCCUGCAGACUAUGACCUAAUAGAUGAAAACAAUCUGUCGAAGUGGAAAGCUUUUUUUGACAAGUGGGGAAUGUAUGUCGUUACUGGUGCAUACAUAGGAGGAUCUUUAACUGGUCAGGUUAAGGUAGUGAAGGAGCAGUCUGCCAACAGCACUUUUGAAGACGCACAAACUGCAUUGGCAAUUAAAAUGUCUUUUCUUCAGAACGAUGCAGCGUUGGAUUUUUCAAAAGAAGAAGAACAAAGUAACAUCAAGAAAAAUAUUUCCACCAUUCAUUCAUUAUCUUUAAAUUGGAGCGGUGGAAACAGAAAAACAUAUAAAACGUCUUUGGAAAACAUUGAUCGAAACGAUUGGAUUGCAUGGGUAGAGUCUUUGGAGUAUUCCCCAGUUCCUCUGUGGAGUUCUCUUGACCUGGUACCUUUAUAUCAUCUGGUAUCUGAAGUUAGUCCAGAAAAAGGUACAAAAAUGCAGAUGGCUAUGAACUUAGCUUUGAAGGGUGAAUUUACUUAUACCCAACCAACAGUUGAUAAUAGGAAUAACGCUGCUCCAUCCAAUAGCAAUGGUGGCGGUUGUUUCCAUGAAGAUUCUCUUGUAAUGCUCCAUAAUAGAAAGCUAAAACGAAUAAAACAUCUUUCAGUUGGUGACAAGAUCCUGACCAUGGACAACAAUGGAACACUUGCACAAGACGAGGUAACUGCAUGGAUUCAUCAAGUAAAGACCGGUCAGUUUAAAUUUCUUCAGAUUGUUCAUGACCUUGGCAUAAUUACACUGACUCCGGAGCAUAUCAUAUUUGUGGGAAAGAGUCGAAACCCACAACAUGCUUCCAAUCUUAGACCAGGAGAUGAAUUAAGCUUUUUCACAAGUUAUGAUAACCGUCAAACAGUAACCAUGGCUAUUGUUUCGUCUAUACAUAAGGUAGAAGGAAGAGGAAUUUAUGCUCCAUUGACGUACAGUGGUCGCCUACUGGUGGACAGUAUUGAUGUCAGUUGUUACUGUACCCUCAAUCCACUACAGAUCGUAGGAAAGGACAUAAUAUCAUCACAUGCACUUGCGCAUGCAGGUUUUUUUCCGCUUAGGAUGGCUUUCAAGUUUGGUUUGAACAUCAGUUCCAGCCAAUUUAUCGACGAAAGUGGAAUUCAUAGCUAUGCACGAUUCCUUAUGAACGUUAUACUGGGGUGAUUAUAGCAUUUGUUUGAUGUAACAUUUCAUGUUUGAACAUUGCUUGUUGUUCUUAAAGUCCCACUUACAACUUACAGAUCCCUUUAGCACCAUGUGUUCUUAAAGUCUAAAGCAUAUAUGUUUCUUAAAAACGUUAACAAAUUUGUUUUUAAAGAUAUAUUAUUGCAAGAGAAAUGGAAAUUUUCCACAAAAUUAUUUGCAGUUUAUCACACAUUGUUGUCAAUAAAAUGGAAUUUUAUGCGACAGCCAUACAAAUGAGAGAUUUAGCUAGCUAUAAAACCAGGUUUAAUCCACCAUUUUCUACAUAAGAAAAUACCUCUACCAAGUCAGGAAUAUGACAAUUGUUAUCCAUUCGUUUGAUGUGUUUGAACUUUUGAUUUUGCCAUUUGAUUAGAGACUUUCCGUUUUGAAUUUUCCUUGGAGUUCGGUAUUUUUGUUAUUUUACUUUUUAUCUGUCGAUUUAAACUUUUGUUAGUUCUUUUUUCUUAUUGAAUAAAUACAAUAGCUAUUGUU